GUCAGACAUGCACUAGGGCUGAGUAGAGUGUGUGCUGGCUAGCAUCCUUGUGAGUAAGUGUGAUGCCUGCCUUCUCCGUACAGCAUAUUCGGUCGACACGGUCAGUUGUGUGUGAAGUCUGACCUGCAAUUCUUUAGGAGAAGGAGAGGGGGGGGAAGAGGGGAGGGGGAGGGGGAGCAUGUGAAGAAGGGCUUGUAGAAAACGAAAGAAAACAAAAUUUUACAGAAGAGAACAAGAAACAUGAGAAUGAGGCUACAGCUACUUUAUGCCGUUAUGGCUGUCGCCACUGUGUUUGUUGUAUUUGAAUUGUGUCUGAGUAUUACAAAUACAUGGACACCAAGUGGUGGGGAGUUGAGCGACGACUUCCUAUGUGAAAACAACCCCGACGUGAUGAUUGUGACCAGCUCACAACCCCACUGUGCGGAUGCAGAUGGUAACCUGAUCCUUCUGCGGUCUCUUAAGAAUAAAGUAGAUUAUGCGAGGUUGCAUGGGUUUCAGGUACUUUAUCCGAUGGAAAACGUCGAUAUGAAUCUAACUGGGAAUUGGAACAAGAUUGCAGUGCUGCGUGGAGCAAUGCGAGUGCACAAGGCUGUCAAAUGGUUUUUUUGGCUGGAUAGUGAUGCAUUAAUUACUGAUAUGCUCUUUGAGAUCCCCUGGAAACGUUACAAUGGUCUUGAUCUGGUUGUGGUGGGGAGCCCCAAUAAAAUAGGCCAUUACCUGGGUUUCAAUGCAGGCAUCCUCUUGAUCCGAAAUUCGGAAUGGUCAUGGAAACUUCUGGACACACUCGUUCGAGUACAGCAGCAGUUCAAAACGAAUGUGACGUUUCAGAGAGCCGUGCGUAGGAUGGUUGCGAAUUCACCUCCCUGGCUAGGCGACCAGACGGCUUUUGCGUACCUGCUGGCGAAGAGCAAGAAAUGGCGUGCAAGGACUGGAUUUGAGGAGGGUUAUACAUUGAAUGGCUUCUGGAAGAGUACGGAAUGGGCCGAUCCUGGCAAAGUUCGGCCGAAAGACACCUUCCCGAGGGACGGACUAACGCCGCCAUUCGUAACGCAUUUUGCCGGGUGUUCCUUCUGCAGUGGGCAGCAGUCUGAUGUCCUAGCAGAGUGCAAGGAGAAGUUUGCGAGGGCAUUUUUCACCGCUAGCAACCAGGUACUCGCCAUGUACGGUGUGCAACACAAGGGGCUUACGGAUACGAUGGAGAGUGUGGAGAUUGAGUGAGAUGUGUGCGGGGGUCCAUGUGCUGCUAGGCUGAUGAAAAGGGAAGUGGAUGCCUCUCAGGUUUCUGUCUUUUAACCGAUUGUAAACGUGGUUGCAUUUUUUUUCCCCCAUUCCGCUUUGCUCAGAAGCCGUUGACCGCUCGCUGAGGCGUGAUUGCUGUCCAUUUACGGGAGCUGAGUUUCAUGUGGUUUUCUAACUUUUCUCAUAAUUCCCACAAGAGUUUGUGGUUUUCUUCAGUAUUCACACGAGGAGUUGUCACAUGAUUGCUAGGCUCUUAAGGCUAUGCGUCACUGCCUUCUUUAGGUACUUUCUUCAUCUCUGUGGAGGACCUUGUAGACCACUGAUAUGGAUGACCUUGAUGUCUCAUGGAGUAGCCUGCCUGCCUCCAUAGAUUGCAUUUUUUAGCUGGUGAAGGGAGAUCUUGCACAUUGAUGGGGGUCCAUUUCUUAGUCUGUGGGCCGAUUGGGUUCAGAUCUUUACCCUCUGCAUAGUGCACAGUUGAAAUAUUGAUGCUGCUGUGCUGCCAGAUUGCCAUUGAGACGAGUUUUCAGAAGACUAGGUGUGUGGGGUGAGAGGAUUCUGGCCAACUAUGAUGGCGGAAGGAAAGGGCCUAUGCUCUGUGGGUUAUACAUUUAUCUUGUGGGCUUGCCUUUGGGAUGGUGAAAUGUGGGUGUCAACGGCCCUCGUGAAUGCGUUUGUGUUGCACCCCUUCACCGAACAGAAAGCUCUUCUAAGGUUUUUAUUUCUUCUCGUUGGUAGGUCUUUGUAUGGGGCUGUCAACCGCCCUCGUUCACAUUCGUGUUGCACCCCUUGACCGAACCGGAAACUCUUGUAGGGUUUCUGUUCUGAUUGGUAGGUCUUUGUACGGGGCCUUCAACCACCCUCGUUCACAUUCGUGUUGCAUCCCUUGACGCAACAGAAAACUCUUCUAGUUUUUUGUUUAGCAUUGGUAGGUCUUUGUACCGGCAGGGUCACACUUUGCUGAUUCCCAUUUCUCUUCUCUAGUCGGCAAGAGAAACACUGAGGCAGGUGGUAGCCUAAGGGUAGCUUCACAAGGAUUUAGAGUCACAAAUGUGUGAAGUAAGUGGAUCAGCCUGGUGUCCACUACCCACUACUUCCGAUUGGAGAUUGCCCGACUUGUUCAAGAAUGAAAAAGGCGUCCCUUUCCAGGGCAGAAGAUGAUGGCCUGAGGGUUCCCCCCUUUUCUCCAAGGCACGGGAUGGUGGGGCGGCAUGUCAUUGUUUUGGCGGUCGAAUGGUACAAGCUACCUAAAGUAAAUCCUGAACCAGAGUCAUUUCCUGUCCAUACAGGAAGUUGAGGAGCUAGUCCUACCUCCCCUUUCUUUUCCCCCUUCUGUCCAAAGAACAGGGUGGUGGGGCGGGAUGUCAUUGUUUUUCUGUACUCAGAUGACAUUGGUGAGUGUGUAGCAGGUUUUAUAGUUUGCACGGGCGGCUGGAAGGUACGUUCAUGAUCACCGUUAGGAAGCGCAGAGAACAGCAAGAGCAGCAGACGUUAUGAGAGAGAUCACUCUGAACGGGAAAACUCCUCCAUGACGCACAACUGGGCUUUUAUUCCAUCCGUUAUUCGCAUCCUGCAAGCACGGGCGGCUGGAAGGUAGAUUCAUGAUCACCGUUAGGAAGCGCAGAGAACAGCAAGAGCAGCAGACGUUAUGAGAGAGAUCACUCUGAACGGGAAAACUCCUCCAUGACGCACAACUGGGCUUUUAUUCCAUCCGUUAUUCGCAUCCUGCAAGUUGAGCUUGUUGUACUGGCCUUGCUUUGGCUGGUUGGUUCGUGCUUUGAAUAAUUGAUCGAUUUUCAUGUCACCUGCAGCAUGCAAAGAUUGUUCGAUCUGAUAAGCCUGUACUUCUCUGUAGCUCCAUCCAUCGUUAGGCCCUGGAGUGGCCAGGUGCCACCUGGAGAAAGGACGUGCUCGAUUAGGGAGCUCUGGUGGUUGGGAAUCUCCUUGCCUACGAAAGUCCAAUGGUGGUGGUUGUUGCUGUGAUAGUUGAUGACUUGACAGUCAAUUUCGGAUAAGAGACACUAUAGUCUGACCCUGCUAUGGAUGUCUUGGUAUUCCCGUGACGGCAGGUUUUGCAGUCUUUCCAAUCUCUACUUGAGACGUCGGGUGGUUUCGGAUCAGCUCCUUGCGCAGCAAGAUCCGAUAGUGGUGGUUGUUGUUGUGUUAGUAGUCAAUCUACUGUCGAGAUUGAGUUUCUCAUAAGAGGCUGUAUAUGCUGAUCCACAAUGGCAGGUGUUCCAUUCUUUUGAAUCUGUGUACGCUAAUUAUGCAUGCUUUUUCCACCUUUCCAUUCUUUUGAUCGUUCCACCUUUGCUUUUUUUUUUUUUUUUYUUAAUUCCCUGGCUGAGCUUUGACAGGAAAGCAGAGGUGUUAUGGGUGUAGUUUUGCCUGAUUUGUAAAAGUCCUUCAUUUAUGGACUGGGUGGUAUUGAAGUAAAAUCUAUGGUUUCUC